UAUCGCUUCAUCUUUAUCUCUCCCAUCCUUUCAAUUUUUUACUCUUCAUCAUCUUUUUCCCUUUUCUAUCUAUCUACCCUCUCUCUUUCUCUCUAACACACACACACACACACACACACACACACACACACACACACACACACACACACAGAGGGAGAGAGAGAGAGAGAGAGAGAGAGAGAGAGAGAGAGAGAGAGACUGUAACCAGUGUCAAAGAUGUGCCUCCUCCUCUUCUCUGGCAUCAGUCGCCUCUCAUCAGUCAGUCAGUCAGUCAGUCAGUCAGUCAGUCAGUCACAUGAACGCUCCUCAGUCAGACACAGUUGUUAGAAAAAGUUUCUUUCUCUCUUGGCGGGGUGUCUCUGAGUGAAAACCCCCCUCUGACACUGCGUCUCCUCCCCGGCUCCCCUGUGGAUUUUCCCGCGCCCACACCGGCGAUGGACGACGAGUUCCUCUCCAACUUAUCCCCGGAUCCGCCCGGAGACUCCGAGGCUCUGAGCCCCAACUCCACGGAGGAGCCCGGCUGGUGGGCUUCCUCGGACGGCGGGGAGACGGUCCACUUCGCCGUGCGCUGCGUCAUGACCUCGGUGUACAUCCUGAUCAUCACCGUGGGUCUGCUGGGCAACAUCACCCUGGUGAAGAUCUUCAUCACCAACAGCGCCAUGCGGAGCGUGCCCAACAUCUUCAUCUCCAGCCUGGCGGCGGGAGACCUGCUGCUGCUGGUCACCUGCGUGCCGGUGGACGCCUUCCGCUACUUCUCCGAGGAGUGGGUGUUCGGCGAGGCGGCGUGCAAACUCAUCCCGGUCAUCCAGCUCACCUCGGUCGGCGUGUCCGUGUUCACGCUGACGGCGCUCAGCGCGGACAGGUACAAGGCGAUAGUGAACCCGAUGGACAUCCAGACGUCCAGCGCUGUCUUCUGGACGUGUCUGAAAGCUGUUUCUAUCUGGCUGCUGUCCGUCCUGCUCGCCGUCCCCGAGGCCAUUUUCUCUCAAGUCGUCUCCUUGCAGGGUCACAGGGACAACAUGAACGUCACCUUUGUGAACUGCGUGCCGUACCCGCUGUCCAAUCCGAUGCAUCCAAAGAUCCACUCUGUGAUGAUCUUCCUGGUUUACUUCCUGAUCCCUCUGGUGAUCAUCUCUGUGUAUUAUUACCACAUCGCCCGCACGCUCAUCAAGAGUGCCCACGACAUGCCGGGAGAAGUCAGCGAACACACCAAGAGACAGAUGGAGACGAGGAAGCGCCUGGCCAAAAUCGUGCUGGUGUUCGUGGGUCUGUUCGCCCUGUGCUGGUUCCCCAACCACGUGCUCUACAUGUACCGCUCCUUCCACUACCACCAGAUGGAUCUGUCGCUGGCCCACCUCAUCAUCACCCUGCUGGCCCGAGUCCUCAGCUUCUCCUCCUCCUGCGUCAACCCCUUCGCCCUCUACCUGCUCAGCGAGAGCUUCCGCAGGCACUUCAACAGUCAGCUGCGAUGUGGUCGAGGUCACCGCCCUGAGCGCCAGGCCAGCUACCUGCAUAGCACCUCCCACAUACGUCUCACCUCCAUCAAGAAGACCACGCCCACCGCAGCCAUCAUUGCUCCAGCAGCCAAUGGUAGCUCCAACAGACAAGAGGUGGCUCUGUGAAGCGGGAGGCUCGGAGUCAAGGACUUACAGCUUCACCUCAUCUCAGGACGUCUGUGAACUUGGACUCCUGCAGCUGCAAGACCAGGAGAGGUACUUCAGUGCAAAGUAGUCUGUGUGGACAGGUAGAGGAAACUCUACAGGCCUUGUACCAAGUGGAUGAUUGUACCAGUUGCUUCAUCAUCUCCACCCUCAACUUGGCAACCAAACAAAAAGUGCCUCUCGGAAAUACAAGGUCAGAAAUCAAAGGGAAGCAAAAAUCCUAUCAAACUGAAAAAAUGCUUCACUCUUCUACAGAUUCCUCAAACAGAUUUAUCAAGAUAUGUUUGAUAAAUUCAGACAUCUUACUUAAUGUGUUGGGAGAGGUAAAACUUGCAAGGGAAGGUUUAACAAACUGCAAAUCCAAGACUGAGAGGAUGGACGUUCUUGUUGGUAGCAUGGAUACCACACUCGCAUGUCACUCGCUGUUUCUCUGCGCUUAAGUUGCUGGAAUGCUCAUCAUUGAUUGAUAUAAAAAGCCAUUUUCAUCUUUUUUGGUGACACCAACUGAAUCAUGAACAAGUCUUCUGAUGGAUGGUUGGGAGCAUUGGACCAACAUUUGAUUCUCCAGUUACAGGAUGCUCUCUCUCUCUCUCUCUCUCUCUCUCUCUCUCUCUGAACUCCUGCUACAAUCAUGGAGAUUUGGAGAUCAACUGAAAACAGGUACAGCAGUAAAACGCUACCAGAAGCCUUGCAAACCAAAAUAUCUCCUUGGGUAGAGGAAAACCUCUUAAGUAUAUGUUUGGUUUGUGGCUCUGUUACUCUUUGUAUCCAUUGGGUUCCAUUCAGCCCUAAACACUGUACCUUUGCUAAACAGAACAUCCAGCAAGACCUACAGUCUUUGUUAAAAGAGUUUGCCCAUGCAGUCUACAUGACCAUUAUGAUCCGUGACAGGAAUAUGGUGUGCUGGGACCACUGCUACCACUCCUCUGGUCCUUGAAAAACCAGUGCAACAGUUGGGCACUGGGUUCUGCCACGGUUGUGCCUUUCAACAAUUUUGUUUUUGAUUCUCAUGAGCAUAUUCUCAAUGUUUAGCCGAGGUAAUGAGAGUAUUGGCAUGACUGACUCAGGAUUGUAUCUUUGCUUUUUGUAGACAAUGUGGUCCAGCACACACUAGACCAGUAAGUAGCCCAGAGUCAGCACUUCUAAGUCUGAGGCCAAGGGUCUGUGCUGGAAAACUGUGGAAGGGAGUCACUGCUCCAACUGAAAAUGUUCAAGUAUCUUGAGUAUCUUGUUCAUGAUAGAGGCUAAGAACAUUAGUUUGACAGGCAACCUCCAAAAAGGAAGUCAAAGCUCCCAAGAUGCACGUGGUAAUGGAGUUUGAGGAGAAUCCAGAAGAAUGAGAUCACUGAUACAAGUGGCUGAGAUGAGUUUCCUUCACAGGGUGGCCCAGCCCAGUAAUGACCAGUCCCAAGUAAAUUCUGGGUAACAGAAAUGCAUUAAUUGCUUUGACAUUCUUUCACACUAUUAAGUAGGUGUUAGUGACUCUCCACACUUCCUGUAGAGCUUUAAUAGCAGAACCUUUUCAGGGAAUAUGAGGGAAAGGAUUAUCUUCCCUGAGCCUGUGGAAGGCUUUUAAUGUGAAACAGAUGGAACAUUAUGUCAACAGCAAACAGAACUGACAGCAAAUUAAGGUAACACUACUUUAUAGCUCCAUAAUUUACAAAUAGUUUUUAAAUAUUUCCAAAGAAAUCUCUGAAAAAGAGCUAUCCACAGACCCUCUUAUGUUUUACAUUUACUGACCCUAACCAGCUUUGUCUGUCAAUCACAACAAAACUAAUUUCUUGACACAUUCCAUAAUACUGUCAACCAAAGCAAAAUCACUUGUAUGUCAUGUAUGGGUAUAAUCUGACUUCUUAGUUCUCCAUCACUCAAGAUGGUCACCACUUGCUCCGGCUUCUGGGGGUCCGAGAGCCAGGGACCCCUUCAAAGUCUCCAUUAGAGGUUCCUGGUGGAUGCACAGACUAACAGAGCCGUGCAAAUGAUAAGUGUCUACACUUUAUGUUGCUGCUUUGCAUGACCCGACAGGUGAUGACGUGUGCGCAGAUCAACGUGUUGUAUAUUCACAACAACCACUUACAGAAAAAGAUUAUGCUGUGACGUACUUUUGAUUACAUUUUGAUGGUGUUUUUUUUUUUCUCUUCUUUAAGAUGUUUGAUGUGUUUUUCAGUGCCAGGCAUGCUUCACUUUUCUGUGUUCGAAAAUUAUGCUUGACUCUCAUAAAGACUCGGGAUAAAUGUUCCCAUACGAGCACACAAACACAUCAACUCUCAGACUACAGCAAUUUUCACAUAUUUUGAUAGAAAUCUUUUUUUUUUUUUUCUUUUUUUCAGCAACUUUAAAAGGUUGAGACAGGACACAUUUACGGCAGCCUAACUAAUAGUUGUCACCAUGGGCUCUUAGCUCUUCAAAUAGACAAUCAGGUAUAAGCUGAAUUUACAGAAAGGAGGUGGGUGUCUGAACGCACCUGUUGGUGUCAAUAUAGGAGAGAGUGGCGGUUGGCUGGACAUUUGUUAGUUCAUCAAAACCUCUGACAUGUCACAUAUUAACUGGAGCAAAGUUGAAUAAAAAAUUAUGUUGUUGUAUUUCAGACAUUAUCGAGACAGGCUUAUUCAAAAUGAGGGCAGGGGUUGAGUAUUUCAGACACUUUGACAGGAUUCACUGCAGAGACCUGAUUCCAACAGGUCUUUUAUUUAAAUCCGCUUGGAGCUGCUGAAUAGCUUCAGCCACUGACUUAAAUCCACCAGGAUCUGCACAUUAGCAUCAGUGUUAAGGAAGGUGGCCAUGUCUUGACGAAGCAAAGGAAAGCUUGAAUAGCAGCAAAGGAGCUUUCAGGCCGCGAGCGGUUUCUGAGGGAGGUGACAGAAGCAAAGAGGAUGGACAACCUCCACUCCCCUGAACAUACGCCACUUUAGUUUAUUGUUGCCACAGCUCUGUGUGACCAUGGCAACCUACAUGAGGAAAUAUCUGAAUUCCCCUCACCAAGUUUGACUAUUGGGGCCAAUAAACAAUGGCAUUGAUAUAAGUUAGCUAAACUAGGGUGUUUAAUUAGUCCGUCUUCUUCUUCUCCUUCUUCUUAAAGGUGUUCAAACUGACCAAUCAAAGGAGCAGACACAUUAGCGACUGGCCCCGCCUACAAAGUCUCACAAGUCAACUUGACGAGCGGCGUGUUGAAACAUUGUGAGCGCGAUGUGAGGCUCCGUGUGUGCUGUUCGCUCGCGGAGCAGAAAUGUUCCCUCGCGAGGUGGGUGUUCCACUCACUGAUCUGUUCCGUGCGCUCGCAUCACAGAACGUGCGCGGCUUUUAUCCACGGCGGCUUUUGAGAGUAAUUGAACGCAAUACUAGACAUGCUAUUGUACUCCUGUUGUAUUGGAUGUAGCUGGUAGAUUCAGCAGCGGAGCCACCACUCAUUUAUGUGCAAAACAUCAGUGCAGCCAUCAGCGCGAACCAUUGGCUCUUUGAACGCACCUUAAUAUAAACCACACAAAGUAAAUUUAAAUCCGGUAAAAGCGCACAUUGAUUAUGUGCAGUGACUUUAGUUUAAAAAUAAAAGAUUUAAAAUUUCUCAAUAAAGACAACACAUUUAAAGGAAAUUUAGCAAAGACUAUGAAACAGGAACGUAUCAGUUUCUGGUGCAGCUCUGAACUAACAGUAGCACCGUCUCACGUUUUGGCUCAUAACUCUCGAACAGCGAGCGAUAGGAGGAUUUCUUGGUUCAUUUGGAUCACGUGUUAGUACAGUUGCACGAUCCUAAACAGAAGCUUGGUCAUUUGUUUCUCCGUAUGGCGACAUCUCUCUGUGGACAGAUAUUUUCACUCGUCAAAGCAGAAAAAUCUUUUUCAUUAAAAAAAUGACUUUCAUUUCUCAAUCCCGAGCCAUCACUUACCGCUGUUAAUUACACCUGUGUCUGACGAGUCUGGGCUCAUCUUGACAGGGGAAAAGUGCAUCUCAGAGAUAAUUUGACAGUUGUACUUAAAAAAGGAAUGAAGACAGUUUUCUUCCAUUACUCGCCCAUCCGAGGCUUUUCCUGCUGGUCAAUAAACAUUAAUUUAACAUUAAUUUGUACUUUCACAAGCCAGCUCCUAGAUGUAUAACAGCAGCAGAGCAACAACUACACUUUGAGCUUGUAACUGUGAGAUGUUUUGGAUGGAGUGGAGACUGCUGUGUGUGCAUGUUAUUUAAAUGGGACAGGCAGUAACACCAGUAUUUAAUUUGAACAUCUAAGUGUAUUGGCUGAGUAGCUAUUAUGCUAAAGCUUACAAUUCAUCCUCUGAUAAUGGUUUGCUUCCCUGCAUCCAAUCACACCAAUCAAAGCAACGGUGGCCAUGACAGAAAUAAUGAGAAAACACUUUGCCAGUGCUGAAAUCUGAAAUCUUUCCUUCUCUGCUUCACCUCUCUGGCUUUGCUUUUUCAUUCUCAGCAUUUGUCCAACAUGUCCAGUGUCUUAACAGCUACUGGAUGAUUUGCCAAACAUCUAACUCAACCACCGCUUCAGUUCACAACCUCUUAUGCUAAUGACUGAAUUGCUGAAAGCCUCAGAAUUACAUUUUAAUAUCAUUUCAGCAACUAAAAUUUGAAUGCUCACUUAAGAAUACAAGCUUUACUGCUAUGGCAUUAAAAACAUAUUCCCAACAAUAUUAUGAAGAGGCCGCUGGUACAUCUGUGUGGAUGUGUGCAGCUGUUCCAGUUUCAGAGUAUAUGUUGCUUGAUAAAGGGGACGGAGGGUUAGGCUGAUCUGAUUGUAUCUCGAGGCAAAUGUGAAUAGCCUGCCAUCAAAGUGAGACACAAUGAAUUAUAAAGCUGGGGAAUAAUGGGACACACCUGUCUUGACAUUCAUACCGUUGAUCACAUAAAAAUCGACAGUUUGACAGAUAAGCUCAAACCCAUCUUCUUUCACACCCGUGUGAUGUCAUUUGAUUGGUGGAUGUGAUAAGUUGUGGGGAGUAGAUGUUUAAUAUGCUUCUGAAGGAUCUGACACGCAUACGGCCACGUUCACACUACUAUGUUUUUCGUGUUAAAAUGCAUCCCUUUGCCUUGUUUUCACCUGCUGUCCACGAGACUCUGAAAUUUUCAAGCCCCCCAAAAACGGAAACGUUUGGAAAAUGCUGCUGGACCUGUUUUAGUGUGACAACUCCAGGAUUGCAUUGUAGCCUGGACGUGCAGAAACCAAAACCUUUGGAAACGAUGACGUGCACACAAACGGUCGAUCCCUGAUUGGGUUGACUACCAGUGGUGAAUGCAAGAUGGAUAGUGAAAUACAAGAGGUAUUGAUCUUGUUGUUUUUGCUAGCAGCUGUUGCGGAGUUAAACUCUGCAUUUUAACGCUACAACUGUCUUCACUGUUCCUCGUUAGUAGUGUUCUAUGGAACUAAUCAAUUGCAGAAUGGACAGUCUGCUUCCUGUUUACACACACACACUCAGUGUACGUGGAUGUGAGAUUGUACGGUCAGAGAUCGUUUCUGAGACGGAGUUAAAACGCUCAUCUGGACAGAGACGGUUUAGUAGUGUGGACGUAGCCUAAGUUUAAAGCCUUUUAAUAAAAAAGAAAUGUCAAUACAAAAUGUGCCUCAGAAAUCCAGUGAGUCCGGUGCACUGAUCUGCAUCCAGCUCUCUGCAGAUAGCACGCUGCACAUUAUGAGUCUGAGCCUCACAGGGCAGUGAGAGAGGCUCCAGACGUGCCCCCUUGUUUAUCUUUCACACGUUUAUUUUUCUCCCGCACUCUUGCUCUCUUUCUCAUUUUUUUUCCAUUAGCGUCUCUCUUCACAGCCUCUGUCGCUCCGACCCCCUCCCUCCCUCACUCUCUACCUCUUAUUCAUUUGUCUCUCAUUGGCUGCAACCCCCCCCCCCCUUUUUAUCUACUCACCUCUCAUGGCUUUUCUUUCCAACUACCCCUGAGAGAGACCCCCCCCCGCUCUCCUGUACAUUCUCUAAUAACAACUUUCAAUGCAGAGAGCCGUUCAUGCUGCUAUGUUUACAUGGAGCCUUUGAGGUCAGAACCUGAACAGAAAACACAUUCAUUUUCUAUCAUAUUCUUAUUGCAUUUCUUUAAUCUUUGCAAAGACGUGUAUUGUCAGGAAUAAUUUGACAUUUUGGAAAAUACAUAUCACUUUUUGAGCAGAUGUAGAUGAGAUGUACGGUGAAUAUGAAGCUGUUUGUCUCUGAUUGAUUUUAGUCCCAGAUUUUAUACCUUUCCAGUGUUUUAUUUGAAGUGUUGAUCCAUAAGAAGAUAUAUUUGUGGUUUUAAGAACCAAAAACCAUCUCAGUGUAGUUUUACAUCUCCUCCCUCAGACUUCUCUCUGGAGCUCUAGUAACAACAGGUUGGUGAGCCAAUCAGAAGAGAGGAGGCUCUGAGCCUCUCUUCUGAUUGAUAGAAAAAAAUGUCGCAGAUUUCUGGUAAACACUCACAGAAACCAAAUCCUGCAAGAUUGGAUGGUGGGUCCAGGUGGGCGGGGCUUGGGGCAUGACUGAGGGCAGUGACUGUUUUUUGUGACAUCACAAAGUUACAGGAAGUCCUGACGGCUGGUUUUAAGGCUCAGUUUCUGAAUACAGGCUGUGUGCAUUUCUCUGUGGACUGAGGCUUUGAUACUUUCACAGUAUUAAUAUAGAAGCUAGAGCUGAUCUAUAAUCAAACAACACAUGGACAUCUCACUUAUAAUACAGUAUGGACCUUUCAUAAAUAAAUAUAUUUUCCUUAUUAAUUUGAAUAUAAACAUGGAGAGAAGAGUCUCUGAUAAAGACACUCCCUCACAUUUCAUUUUACAGCAUGUAAAGUAACAUUGGGUUGUAUUCAGAACUGAAUCUAACAACUGCAGUGUUCAUAAUUACUCAAAACAAAUUCAAACACUAAAAUAAGAGUAUAAAAAUCUUACUGGCUAACUUACAUUUGCUCAAGAAGACGUGGUUUGAAUAUAAUGAAGUUAUAAAGAAGUACACUACACAGUUUAUGUCUCUCACAGGAGGGAGUUUAUAAUAAGCUGCUACAGGACUUAUUACCACUGUGGUCAUUUACAGCACCACAGGUGAGGCUGAAAUGGCUUUAAUAUGGAGAAUAUCUGGGUGAGGACACACACACGCACACACACGCACACACACACACACACACGCUUCCUUUGUCAUUACUCUCCCUGUAUCUUUGAACCAAACACUCUCAGCAUCCCCAGUUACUCCAGCUGGGUAAACUGGGCAACUCCUUGAUGUGAAUGAAUGUAAAGUUAAAAGUAUAAAUGCUCAAGUUGGAUAAAUUGGCCAACGUACACCCUGCACAGGUCUGGUCUCUCUCAUAUAGAGAGAAACAAACAUUCACACCUACAGCCAAUUUAACAUCACUGACUAACAUCUUUGGGCUGUGGGAGGAAACAUGCAGGCACAGAGAGAACUUCUGAAAGCUGCUGAAAACUAAAGAUGAUUAUGGUAAUCAAGUUCUACAAUUAUACCAAAUUACAGUGCGCAGUUGCAGCUACAGAACAGUUUUAUUUUAAGUGAGAGGGAAAUAUUUAUGGUGCUUUCUCAGUUGGAAAAAAUAGA